AGGAAUUCUUGUACGCAUGGAAUCUUCAGCACAAUUGAGAAAAUUAGCGGUGUUGAGGUUGAGACUUCAAGAAGGCUGUUCUUUGACUCAGCAAGAUCUGAGUGAAUUGCUUGGGAUUGUGAAAAACUCAGACGUCUACUGCGAUGACGUCUUCCGUCAUUCUCUGAUAUUGGCAGCGGAGACAGUGUGUCGCCGAAUAUGGCAGGUGUCCCAAUUUGGGUCGUCUGCUGAUAAAGAACAUCAUGACUUUGCUGCUGCAGUGCUUCAGAAAUUUGGUGGGAACAUAAGACGUAUGGAGUUCAAAGAUAAUGAUCGAUGGUUUGGAGGGAUAACGUCUCAUCCUGGCAGAAACUCGGACAAGACAAGGACAUUCAGUAUUCUGGCAGUCUGCUUGGCUUUAUUGCAAAAUGUGGAAGAUGCCAGCACGUUACAACUGAGGAGAACUGUGCUUGAUGAAUUGUCCUGCCUAUAUUCGUCAACUAAUCAACUUGCCUACGAUUUACUCAACAGUGACGACCGAUUUCUUGCUAGCAUAUCAGCUCUAUUAACAAUUGGAAAGGAGAUAGCCACGACCUCAACACAUUCACCCAACGAAGUGAUAAUGGCUAGUUUUCGUCAAAUUCGUUUUGAUCCUGAGACCGUAUUAUCGUGGAUCAACAAUGAUGAGAUCGGACCUGAAACUGUCACAGCAAUCGUUAAGAGCAUGAUAGAUGACAGCGUUGUAUGGAAGACCAUAGUUGCAACUAAAGCUAGCUGCUCUCCUCCUGCCAAGCGAUUUCGCUCUACAGUGGAUGAGUACGACGAGACAUGGCUUGUUCAAGCAAAUCCUCCAUCUGCUAAUGACAUAAGGAUCACCCUUCAUGUACCUUAUGUCGAUGAGGAAUGCCCUGCACAUGAAGUGUCUUUGGCUUUUUCACAGAAAUCUGAGAUCCGCACACGCCAACGGUCAACGCUGCCUGGUCCAGGCUUAAAUGAUUUUGCAGAUUUGGAGGAGAUGCUGGUUGAAUUGAGAUUGGAGAUCAUCAAAGAAAAUCUGGAUUGCGAUAUCGUUCCGUCCAGAAUAUUACCGCUAUAUGAUGCACUGACUCAAUUUACUGGCGCAUUGUCGGAUGAAGGGUUAGAUAACGAGGGUCACGAAGAGGACAGUGAUGAGGAACAACCAAAAAUGAUUUUGAUUUCUUUCCUUUGUGAAUCGGUAUAG